AGCGAGAUGGAGAAGGCGUCUGUCAAGCGGCGGCCACCUGAGUCUAUUGCCGCGCUGCUUAAAUAAGAUAGCUAAUACGGAAAAGAUAAGCAUUUGUGCCAGUGAUUUACAGUUUCGACUUCCCGCCUUGUAUAUGAUGGUAAAUGAGUUGAAAGUUACUGUACGUGGGAUUAGAAUGCACAGGUGAAACGUUGAUCUUACUAAAAAGGAGGUGAGGAGCUUUUCAAACUACACUGCACACCCGGAAGUUCUUUUUUUGAGUGUGUUGCGUGAAGUAAGAAGAUACAAGUGAGUAGAAAGUGACAUCUUGGAAAGUUACUGUGUGGAUUAAUAAUGAGGAACGAACGGUUCUUGUGGAUCAUCUGCCUCGUCACCUUGAGUGCACUCCCAGGAGAGGCAUCGAUUGAGAAGAUCCUGGACAAGAUCUUGGGAAUAGGACUAGAAAUCGGACACGAAAUAUACGAUUAUCUUCAUCUGCGGCAGCCCUCAUUUGGACAUGUCGCGUAUAUACCAGUUUACGGACAUGGGCCACCCGGAUACAAGACUCCUGAACAUCACGAAUACCACGAAGAUGUGUAUAUCCCCGUUGAUCCAGGCACGCUAUGGAACGGCCACAUCCCGGUAGGUGACUUCGUAUCUCCUAUCGUCAAGGCAGUGGGAGCGGGGGUUGGAGGCUACAAUAACCGCGUCGUGAAGGGCUACGAGAACCGACUAGGCUUGAGAAUCGCCCUGCCUUACCUCGGGGACUUCCAGGUCACGCGAGAGCUGGGUCCCGGAAGGUUCCUGGACAAACUGGGCCCUGGAAAGUUCCCAUAUCCAGGGCUGAAGGGCGCACAAGGGCACGGGCACCACCACAAAGACUCCUCUGAACACCACCAUAGCUCCUCGCACCACCAGAAAAAAGCGACGCCUGACAUGUACAAGACCCUGCAAAACUACCCAUGGCACAGAAGAUAACCGACCUCCUUUAGUGUUGCAGCAGUGAUGAAGUUUUGUAAGAGUGCACGUGAGCUCCAUAUUCAGAAACGCUUUCCUCUCUCACCAGGGCUAUUUUUUGUGACAUACACAGAUGAUUAGCCGAGUUCUGAAGAGUACUUGUCCUGUUGGUAAUGUAGAAAACUUGUUAAUAUGUCACUAGAAUUACAGAGACCCUUAAAAGCCCGUGUCACUUCAACUAGAGCUCCUUGAAAAUAAUGAAGGUGCAGUGAGGCGCGUUUCAGAGUAUGGAUCUAAGUUACCAUGGCUAAUACGGGGAAGUGGCUUCGAAAUGUAGCCAAAAUAUUUA